CUUAAUAAUUCAUCGAAGACCAACUUGAACAUCAGGCGAUCGAGAUACCACUCAACACCAUCCCCAGAGCACAUGGCGAUUUCAAGUUUAAGCAUUUCAAAUUGCCAUGCUUCAAGGUGCCAUUUUUAUCGAGCGCACUUUAACAAAAUAUGGGUAGAUAUUGAUUCACGGAAGACGACCAAUGCAGUGGGCAUUUAA